GUAGUUAUACUUAACUUACAUAUACAUGCAUCACCUCCCUCCAUAAAACACAAACCACAACCUCUCCUCACUUUGAUACCUCCACCUUGAAUCACACGGCACACCAUAUCUCAUAACAAUACACCACAAACAGAGAAAAUGACCUCACCCACCACCACCACCAAGCCUAAACCAAACCCAAAACCAUACCGAACAUCCCCCUCCUCUGGCCCAUCCAAUACUACUACUACUACUACUACUACUACUACUACUACUACUACUACUACUACUACUACUACUACUACUACUCUCCUCAUCCCCCACAAACGUCCCCUCUUCCCCCCAAAACCCAAAUCCCUGAACCCAAACCCAAAUACAGCCUCCCAACCGCCCUCCCUGCUCUUUCUGUCGGAGUCUACCCCCCCGGCUCCUCAAGUGGAAGUUAUGUCCAAGAACAGAAACACCGCGCAAGCUGCACCCACAGAUAGAGCAAAAACUUCCCCUCAAGCUUCUGCAGCUAGCGGCGCGGUUAAGCAUACAACAAGAACCGCACCGCCACGACCACCACCACCACCCCCCGAAACAGUGUUCAAUGGCGGGAUCGCGCCGCAGCCGUUUCUGGAUCCGGAGGGUUGGGAGCGGAUGAGGGGGUGGGAUGCGUUGAGAUCGCGGGUGCGCCGGGAGGAUGGGGAUGGGGAUGGGGAUGAGGUGGGGACUGGGAGUGGACGGGGGCCGGCACUGGGGGACGGUCAGGGACAGCGGCGGCAAGGGCAGAUGCAGAUGCAUAGUGGGAUUGGGGAGGAGGAGAGGGAGGAGUUGAGGAGGAGGCGGAGGGUGCGGGAGGCGGAGUUUGGGGGGAUGGCUGUUCGGGGGCGGUUACGGUGA